ACCACUCCUCUUUCUCUCUCUCCUCGUGUCGUCUUCCUCCAGAGGCCUACGUCCCUCCGCAGCUCUUCUACAAUGGGAAGGUGGAUUACUUUGACCUGCAGAGACUCGGGGGGCUCCUCUCCCACCUCAAGAAGACCCUCAAAGAUGACUUGGCGAGUAAAGCCAACAUCAUCAUCGACCCUGCAGAGAUCCAGAGCACAUCGAUGGACGACCUGGACGAGGAUGAGGAGAGCGGAGCGACUCAGAGGCCGUUUGGUGCAGCAGCGAUGGGCGGCGCUCUGGCGAGGCCGAGCUGGUUGAGUUCUCCCACCCUCGGUCGAGCCAAUCGUUUCCUGAGCACGGCCGCCGUCAGCCUGAUGACGCCACGACGACCCCUCAGUCAGCCCGAGAAGGUGAAGGUGCGCACGCUGGCUGUGGAGCAGAGGACGGAGGAGGACAUCGAGGGAAGCCACGGUAACGACGGCCUGUUGCUGGGGCGACCGCACGAGGAGCCCGACCAGCCAAUCGCAGACAAGUCUCUGCUGGAGAUCAUGGACGGGAUCGUGAUGAUGUACAACCUGAGCGUCCAUCAGCAGCUGGGCAAGAUGGUCGUGGUUUCAGAAGACGUCCAUGAAUACGCCGUCGCCCUGAAGGACACGGAGGAGAAGAUUGCUCGAUGUCCGGCCCGGAGAGCCGACAUCCUGGACGAACUCCAGAAGAGCCAGAAAGUCUUUGCAGAGAAACUGAACCACCUGAGCCGGAGACUGGCCUGGAUCAACGCCACCAUCUACUCCAAGGUGACCCUCUUCGAGACUAACCCCCCUUAG